AUGGGACGCUGCUUCACAUACCUCGCAGCUCUGUGCAUUGGGGCCGGUGGUAUUGCGGCUCAGAGCGUAACAGCGUCGACAUUACCUGCUCUUCCAACGGGAAACUUUAUCAACAACACGCAGAAUGGCGAAUUCACGUGGCCUUCUGGAUCAACCGGCAUUUUCAAUCAAGGCAGCCCGAUGGGCAUCAGAUGGGAAUCACCGUACAACUUGGUCAACAUCUACUAUAUCUGGAACCAGACUGUCAACCAGGCUGUAGUCAAUCAGUGCCAGAUCGUUACCGGCGCCCCCGGUAACAUGUCCUAUGAUUGGGAGGUCAAUUGCGCUAUCCCACCGAAUUGCAACACACAAAACUGUGGCAGUGGGAUCACCGCGGCGCCGUACGUUCUGCACAUAGUCGAUGCCGAUCCGGGAGGUGAUGACAGAACCGGGUUCUGGAGCCGUCAAUUCUACAUACAGGCUCUGCCUGGCUCUUCCUCAUCGUCGGCGACCAGUACACCAACCACAACGAGUAUCAGUAUUAGCUCACCGUCAACGACCGGUCUUGCUGCGGCAGCGGGCUCCGACAGCUCAACAACCUCGCCGCCAGCAGUGUCGUCCUCGUCAGCGACUCAAGCAGCGACAAGCAGCGCCCCACCCAAACCAACAAACAACAGCGUUGCCAUCGGGGUUGGUGUUGGCGUCGGUGUCGGCGGCGCACUGCUACUUGCUGCCGGUGCAUUCUUCCUCUGGAGGCGUCGCGGCCGCGACACGAAGCACAACAGUAAUCAACCACCUCCGUCAUAUCCAGAGAGUAAUUCGACCUGGGGCGCGAAACCCCAGCACUACGGGGCGUCACCGCAAACCAACUCCCGUACAGCCUUUCCAGCGGAAGCUCCUGCUCGAGACCCGCAGGAGAUGGAGGCUCGAGGUUUCAGCUGA